AUGAAGCUCUACCUUUGGGACCAGGCUGCAACAGAGUUCUGCCAGAAAUUCAAAACCUUUGAAAACACUCCAACAGUGAUUUUGGUCACGACUGUUAACCCCAAACGUCUCGGAGGUACCCUUGCCCUCAUCUCUAUGUCCUCCACACGGGUGUUCAUGGACAAUGAUUUCCAACCAACCAUAAAGUAUUUCACCUGGCUCGGCUGUAACCCAGACACUGCUAAGCAGGUUAGUGCAGAGGUGGUAACUAAGCGUGAGACGCUAUCUAUAGCGGACAUAUUCUCCUACAUCAAGCAGGACUCUGCAAAGGAUGCCUUUUUUGAGUGCACAGCUACAAUUGAUGAUGUUGUUCAUGGCUCUGCUUGGUACUACAUUGCAUGCAGUGGGUGCCAAUCUAAGGCUACCAAGGGCCCAACAUCGAUGGUUUGUACAAACACAAAGUGUGAGAAUGUUAACACAACUGGUGUUGCACGGUACCGUGCAAAGAUAUCUGUUUAUGACAACAGUGAGCAAGCUGUUUUUGUCUUGCUUGGUGAUGCUGGUCGUUCUUUAACUGGGAAGCACGCAUCGGAGUUGCUAAGCAGCUACUUUGAGGUAAAUAAGCAUCAGUUUUUUACAACUCACACUGUUAUUAUUGGAUGUAAGGCCAAUGGAGACAAAGGAGCUGAGGCUGAGGUGCCUGUCCCAGAAGCUCUAAUCAGCAUCAUCGGACAAACGCAUAGGUUUUGUGUGAAAGUGACGGAUCACAACUUCUCAGGCAACACCCGACCUAUAACAGUCACCAAGGUCCUCUCUCAAGACAUCCCUCCACACACAGAAGCAUUGGUUGGAAACAACAAUGCUGCAGCGUCCAAGGAAACGAUGCUGACCAGAGACGAAGUGUCCGAACCCUCCAAAAGCCGUGGAGAUUGUGCAAAUGAAGAGAGUAAGAGGGGGUAUGACACUGCUGAUCCAGAGAAGGCUAAACGGCCAAGAUGUGAGAAUUAG